AUGAAUGGAUAUGAACAGUAUGAUUGGGCAACGUACAUCAUGAAUGACCUCUACAAGGAAAUGGAAGAUUAUGUGAAUUUGUUCAGGAAGGAGAGGGAUCCGUGCUGCACUGUGGGUGGCUGCCUGUACUUCUUGGUGCUAUAUUUGGGUGAGAAAUUCCCAUUGUCAAAAGCUACUAACCAUGACCCAACAAAUGCUAUUGCAUAUUGGACGGAUAAGAGAAUAAAGGAAUUGGUCAACAAAGAGUCAAAGAGUAACAUAGGCCUAUUGUACAAAGGGAAGUCUACAAAAGUGGUCGAAGAUACAAUAAGUGUUGCUCAUCUACGACCGGAAUUGAAGCAAGUGCAUCGAAGGAUGAUGGAUGCACUUGAGGAAAGCCAUAAAAGGCUUAGUAACCAAUUUGCAGAGGAGCUUAUGAAGGUGCAGCUCCAUCUACAGGGGAUGCCAAGUUCAAAUCUGAGGGACCUUGUUGACAACACACGCGAUGAGGCAGUGAUUCUUCCAUCUGAUGGUAAAGGUGAAGAGGGAGGUAGUGACAAAGGUUAUAGUGAUGGAGAUACUGCUGAAGGUGAAGCCCAUGAUCAGGAAAGAGGUAGUGAUGAAGGUGAUGAGGAUGGAGAGGAAGGAGACAGUGAGAAAGGUGAUGAUGAAGGAGAUAAAGGGGUGGAGUCAUCAGAUGAAGAGACUGACAAGGGAGAAGACCAAAGGCCAUCAAAGAGAACAAUCAUUCCAAGUCGUCAAGUAACUUCUCCAUGGAUUUCCAUGUUGAAGCCUGUUAAGAGGAGAAAGAGAGUGAUAACUGAGAAAGACAAGUUUUUCAACAUUGUCUCUCGUAUGUGUUCACGGGAGGAGGGUCAGAAGAUUAUGGUUACAAUGUGUGAUGAACAAAUUGAUCGGGAUCAAUUGCGCACGAUAGGUGGAAUCGAAAGAGUGAGUAGCCCUCUAAUAACAAUGGUCGGUAGGGCAUUAAUGGCAGAGGCAGGUGAGGGAGGACAAGUGAGGCGACACAUUUUUGAUGCUGAGUUCAUGAUGAAAAUGCUUGGUAACCCUUCUCAGUGGCGAGUGACUGUGAUUUAA